AUGGCAAAGAUCCCACAAAACUGGGAGGACAAAACCACAGUCCCACUGGUUGCUGACGGCAAGUUUCAACCGGCUAAGGAUCGCUACCAUCUGUAUGUCUCCUUGGCCUGUCCGUUUGCUCAUCGCACCAUCAUCACGAGGAAGCUAAAAGGCCUAGAAGAUGUGAUAGGGAUGACCAUCGUAGACUACCUUCGAGAUGACAACGGAUGGGCAUUCACUGAUCAGCGCCCAAAGACUUCACUAGACACUGUCAAUAACUGCAAGUACCUCCGAGAGGUGUACAGAAUCGCAGAACCGGGUUACGAUGGUCGCGUGACCGUACCGGUCUUAUGGGACAAGCAGAACAGGACUAUCGUGAACAACGAAUCCGCUGAGGUCCUUCGUAUACUCAACAAGCAGUUCAAUGCCUUCUCAGCUACGGAGGAGCAGCGAAAUCUAGAUCUUUCUCCAGAUGACCUGAUGGGAGCCAUUGAGGAUAUCAACUCCUGGAUUGCUCAAGAUAUUAACAUAGGUGUAUACAGUGCUGGUUUCGCCACCACUCAAGAAGCCUAUGACCAAGGCGUGAUCAAACUCUUCAAAGCUCUGGACAGGGUAGAUGAUGUAUUGUCUAGGUCUCGUUAUCUAUGCGGAGAUCGUUUGACCGAGGCCGACAUCCGUCUCUUCACGACACUGAUACGUUUCGAUGUCGUUUACGCUCAUCAUUUCAAGUGUAACAAGAAGCGGAUCGUAGACUAUCCCAACCUGUGGGGUUUCACACGUGAUCUUUAUCAGACGCCUGGUAUCGGAGAAACUGUAGACCAAGAACAUAUCCAGAAACACUACCAGAUGGUUCACCGACACAUCAAUCCUAACGGCAUCGUCGCAAUCGGGCCCGAUCUCGACUUCGAUUCUCCACACGGCAGGGGUGCUAAAUUCCAAAAGUAGAAGGAUUGGAAUAAGGAAUAUCCCAAAACCAUGGAGCAAACAAAAUUUCCUAACAAAAGAGAAACAGAUUGCCAUUGGGGGUCAAAAGUAGAUGUUCUCUGUGCCCCCAUAUAGAGUAUAGAUUCGAUACAUUUUGGUCAUCACAUUACAAUGAUACAGCUUAUUUGAAAUGUCUUUUUCUCUUCUGUCUAAUAAGAAAUAAGUAAAGAAAAAAUGUAUUCAUGUUAUGUAGUGCCUUGUUUGUGUUUUUUUUUGUGUGGUAGAUGAUAAUGUGAACCAAGUAAGACCAACUUUUCCUCUGAAUGCAACCUACGGUAUCCCUGUUAGUUAUUUUACUUUUAUUAUUUUCGCUUGUUUAUUAUUUUUUCUUGUAUACUUGUCUAAUGUCAUCAUGCAUGUCAUGAAUUAUUAUGAACUAUUUGUAAUUAUUACAAUUUUGAUGAUUUGAUUUAACAAAACGUAUACAAAUAUAUUAUUUUCCUCUGAACAUUAGUUAACUUUAAAAAAGGGGGGUUCAUAACUCUACAACGAUCGCCCAUGGAGGUCCCUGGACAAUCAAUGAUUUAGGAUAAUGUAAUGUAAAUGAAGAUGUCAUAAUUUUUCCAUUAUAUUUGUUUUCAUCCAAUAUUUUACAUGAGUGUAAGAGAACCGUACAAACAUAUUUUGGUCAAUAUUCGUUUUGUCUGCAUUUUUAUAAACUUGCUUCAAAUUAUCUUGUAGAGUUGUAGGUCUAAAAAAGUAAAACACGAUUUCCACAAAAAAAAACUAUCUCAUAACACUGUGUAUGGUAAACUGAAGGCCAAUGUUUAUGUGCAUGUUGUGUAGAUAAUAAAACACAUUCCUUCCUAUUCUUCGGACCAACAUCUAAAUCAGAAGACGCAUCUGAAGCACAAUAUGUCACUCUGGUAGUACCAGAACAUUCAUUUACAGAGGAUACGGGAAGGGACAGGGGGAGACCAACCCUACUUUUUCAAGAAUAGAGUAAAAUGAAGACAUGGUGACAAAAAAGAGAAGUGGGAAGAAAAAAAUAUAAAAUGAAUCCUGGCUCCUGUACCUCUAUAGAAGAAAAAACAACAUAAUCUUUAGGUCGCCUUUCCCCCUCCCCUAUCGAAAUAUACUGGCGCCCCCCCCUAUAAGUUCAUAUGGUGAUAAAGCAUUUGCUAAUUUUGUGCCCAAAUUAUGGAAAAUAAACUGCCUGUAACACUAAGAUCUGCUGACAAGUUCAAAACGACUAAAUCUCUGCUUAAAACACAUUUAUAUGGUCAUUGAAACCUUUUCUCCUUAUAUGAUAUUUUGGUUUAACUAGUGGUUUAACUAUUCAUGUUAAGUUCUUUUUUUUUAGGAUGGGGUGCUUUUGUGAGUUGGUUUUGAAUUAGGGUUAAGCCGGAUUGCCUUUUGGGCAAGUUCCUUAAACUGUGGGUGAACAGGGCAUUAAGAUCAGGCACCUGGCUGCCCCCAGGCCCCCAUAGAUACAUUUUUAAGUGCUGUUCAAUGUAAUUUCAUUAUUAUGUAGUUGUUCAUAGUAAAGCGUUUUGAUCACAUUUUGAUAAAGCGCUAUAGAAGCGCCUGUUAUGUAUGCAUGUAUCAUAACCAUCUUCCAUAGUUUCAUUAUACCAAUACAGGAUUUUAUAUAUAUGUCAGGGAAGCGUUUCAUGAAAGAAGUUGUCAGACAAGUCCCCUUUUUAUCUGACAGGUACUCUAGUAACAAGUUGUCGGAUCUGGAAACUUCCCUGAUUUUGAUUAUCAGCCAAUCAGAAUUAAGCAAGUUGUCAGAUCCGACAACUUGUCCGACAAGAUGUUGAUGAAACACUCCCCGUCUCACCUAUUGUGGUAGGACAGAAACUGACAUUCUUAUUUUUUCAACGUUACAAAUAUCUGUCAUUUUAGUGCGAAUUGUAUACCAAUACUCAAUCGAUAUUUUUAUAGAACUUGUGGUUAUUACAUGUCGAGGAAUUGUGUAGGCUUCGAUUGUAGAGGGCGCAAAUGCAAAUCGACACCAGUCCUUUCCUCUGAACUCGAUAGCACACAGACAUCACUGAUUGGCAUUGAACUCCGGGAUUGAACUUGGUCAUCUAUAAAGUUCUUCCAGUUCAGGGCCGCAAUAAAAGUGGAUGUAGUAAGCCAUAGACGGCGGAGGAAGAAAGAAAGAACGUAAGAAAGAA